GUAAAAAAGAAAAAGAAAAGGGGGAAGCGUGAAAGGGAGGGGAAAGAAAGUGACCAGGCAGGCCUCCAGGGUUUCCAGUCAGUGGGGCUCACGUCCGGGGCUGGGCUGCAAAUAGGAAACCUUCGUACACACUCGGAUUUUACAUAUUAUUUUAAAUUCUACUUAAAAUGAAACCCAGCUUUCUCUUUCUCCUUUCGUGGAUGUGUUUAUGUGUAGUUUCCUCGCUGGCAAACAGUGGACAUCAGCUUAUCCCGGAGGAAAAUCUUUUAGUUUUGACUGUUGCAACCAAAGAGACGGAUGGCUUCGGGCGUUUUCUAAGGUCGGCUAAAUACUACAACUACACUGUAAAAGUUCUUGGCAGAGGCGAGAAAUGGAGGGGAGGCGAUUACAUGUCGGCUCCAGGAGGAGGUCAGAAGUUGCGCCUCCUGAAAGCUGCUCUGCUGGACAUAAAGUCUGAGCACCAGAUCAUCCUUUUUAUUGACAGCUACGACGUGGUUUUCGCUUCAGGUCCUAAAGAGCUACUCAGGAAGUUCCAGCAAGCCAAACACAAGGUGGUCUUCUCCUCUGAGAGCCUGAUUUGGCCAGACAGACAUCUAGAGGACAAAUACCCCCAUGUCAGGGAGGGGAACAGGUUUCUGGGUUCAGGAGGCUUCAUUGGCUAUAUUCCCAGCAUCAAAGAAAUGAUUGCUAACUGGACACAAGGGGAUAGUGACAGUGACCAGCUCUUCUUCACAAAGAUUUACAUAGAUCCAGCUAAAAGAAUAACCUUAAACAUCACUCUGGACUCUAAAUGCAGGUUGUUCCAGAACCUUCAUGGAGCUCUCGAUGAGGUGGUGCUAAAGUUUGAAGAUGGCCGUGUUCGAGCCAGAAAUGUGCAGUAUGAUACCCUGCCUGUUGUGCUUCAUGGGAACGGCCCAACAAAGCUCCAGAUGAACUACCUGGGUAACUACAUCCCGAACUCAUGGACAUUUGAAACCGGAUGCACCAUCUGCCACGAGAAUCUCCAUCCACUCUCAUCCCUGAAGGAAAGUGAAUACCCUCUGGUGAUGAUUGGCAUCUUCAUUCAGCAGCCUACGCCAUUUGUCACUGUCUUCUUUGAACGUCUUUUAAAGCUCCAGUACCCACAGAACAGGCUCAAGAUCUUCAUUUACAACCAUGAACCUCAUCAUGAGCAUCAGGUGAACUCCUUCCUGCAGGAUCAUGGAAGCAUGUAUAAGGAUGUGAAAUACAUCCAGCCAAAAGAGGAGAUGGACGGAGCAGCUGCCCGUGACUUUGCUUUUGAUAUGUGCCGAAAGGACAAGGAGUGUGAUUAUUUCUUUAACUUGGAGAUUGAGGUGGUUCUAAAGAAUGAAAACACAUUGAAAAUCCUGACUGAGCAAAACCUACCGAUCGUGGCACCAAUGAUAACUCGAGGGGGUCGAUUAUGGAGUAAUUUCUGGGGGGCACUCAGUGCCGAUGGUUAUUACGCCCGAUCCGAGGACUACGUGGACAUUGUCCAAGGACGGCGAGUGGGUUUGUGGAAUGUCCCAUAUGUCUCCAGCGUAUAUUUGGUGAAUGCGAGCCUGCUGCGGACAGAGCUGACAGACUACAAACUGUUUACCUCACAAAGCUUUGACUCUGACAUGGCUUUCUGCCACAGCGUUCGUAACAAGGGCAUUUUCAUGUAUGUAAACAAUUUACACACAUUUGGCCGCAUGCUGUCAACAGAAAACUACAAGAUGGAACAUCUUCAUAAUGACCUGUGGCAGAUUUUUGAAAAUCCAGUGGACUGGCAGGAGCGCUACAUUCAUGAGAAUUACACCCGCAUGAUGAAAGAUAAGCUGAUUGAAAAUCCAUGUCCAGAUGUCUACUGGUUCCCAGUAUUUACGGAUCUUGCUUGUAACCAUCUUGUUGAAGAAAUGGAACAUUUUGGCAGGUGGUCAGGAGGUGGAAAUGUGGAUACCAGAAUCCAGGGAGGCUACGAGAACGUCCCCACCAUCGAUAUCCACAUGAACCAGAUUAACUUUGAAAAGGAAUGGCAUAAGUUCUUACUGGAGUAUGUAGCACCCAUAACAGAGAAAAUGUUUCCUGGAUACUACACAAAGGCUCAGUUUGAGUUGGCCUUUGUAGUUAGAUAUAAGCCGGACGAGCAGCCCUCUCUGAGACCACACCAUGAUGCAUCUACUUUCACCAUAAACAUUGCACUCAAUCAAGUCGGCACUGAUUACCAGGGUGGUGGAUGCCGCUUCCUCCGAUAUGACUGCUCCAUCCAGGCCCCUCGGAAAGGCUGGGCCCUAAUGCAUCCAGGCCGCCUCACCCACUAUCAUGAAGGUCUGCCGACCACUGCUGGAGUUCGCUACAUUGCAGUGACCUUUGUGGAUCCUUGAACUUCAGGAUGAUACAUCCCAGACUAAAUGGGACUCUGUGACAUACAGAAACAAACUUUCUAAAUCAUUGGACAUUUUUAUUUCCAUCUGUCGGAAAUAUCGGUCAUUUGACAUUCAAUGAGCUUUACAUGAACCUUAGGUCAUCAUGUCACUCUGAAUAUGAUUUAAUGUAGAACUUUAACAUGAAUUAGCAUUUCAGAUUCCCGGGGCUUAAGUUUCACAAAUAAAUGGUCCUGGUCAGAGGUAUGACUUUUCACCUUUCCUUGGGAUUGUUUAAUGUGCAGGUUGCGUGCAGCAAGGAAAGACACUAGUAUUCAGCAAAACUGUAAUCAGCUAAUUAACUCAACACACCUGCGAAGUCCUUUUAAUGGUGACUUUUACUUUUUUAAUAGAAGUACUGAAAUAAAAUAAAAUAAAAAUCAACCUUUUCAUGUU